AUGUCUACCUCAGGAGAAUAUGCUCAAGUCAAAGAUGACCACCCAUUUGAAAUCAAAGAGAUAAACCAAUCCGGAAAACUCAUCGCAACAUACAUACACUCACAUACCACCUCCAACGGCGAAGAAAGUGAUCGAAUUGAUGUCGACAUUGCUAAAGGUCCAUCCACAUGGGUGAUGAGUAUAGUCGGAGCAUUCAUGCCGGUCGGAUAUCCUGAUAGCGUGACAGAUGAUUAUACCGCGUAUCAGUUUUAUGAUUCCAUUCAGGCUUUUGCUAGCACAAUUGCUGGAUUGCUGGCGAGUAGAGCUGUACUUCAAGUGGACACCGAAAUUGUGGUUAGUGAUGUCAAAGGAUAUGCAAUCACCUUCAGAGUUUUUAUAGCCACAAAAACAUGUUCGACAUCUAGUCAAUCGGGAACGAGACAUUACUCGAGUACCUAUUUCUACAUUUGGCUUGGCGUACGAUCUAACCGGCUUCCAGGACUCGGCGUAGGAGAUUCCACCGCAUCUGCAACUGGUGCAGUUCUUCUCAAUGUCCUCCAAGAAUCGGCAGGUCGUAUAGCGACUAUUCUAUUCGCUCACCGACUUGGAAGUGCCCUUGAACCCGAAUGCAAAAAAUACCGUCUCAUGGCCGAUAUCUUCAAUGACGCGGCCAUGAUUCUAGAUUGCGUAUCGCCAGCCUUUCCCAAGGUACCACGCGUGAUCCUCUUGAGUGUCUCGAGUAUCUGCAAAUCUUUGUGCGGCGUUGCGGCCGGGAGCUCCAAAGCCAGUCUGAGUGCUCAUUUUGCGAAACAGGGAAAUCUCGCAGAGCUGAAUGCGAAAGAUGCAAGUCAGGAGACCCUCAUAUCCCUUCUAGGUAUGCUAGUCGGAACUUUUGUGGUCUCUAGGAUCUCCUCUCAAUUGGCUACGUGGACUGCUUUGAUUGCUCUUCUUUCAGUCCAUCUGGGAACAAACUAUCUGGCUGUACGCUCUGUAACCAUGCGUACGCUCAAUAGACAACGAGCAAAUCUAGUUAUAUCAUCUUUAAUCUCGGGUGUAAUUAAGGAAGAAGCUAGAUACGUCGGCAAACCCCAACAUCCAACCCAACAUCCAGAAAUCUCCCUUCCAUCCCCCAAAGACGUAUCACUUCAAGAACUUAUAUUCGAAAGCGACGGCGCCAUCCGCAUCCAAGGCGCCAUCCUCGCACAUUGCAAAGUCGGCGUCAGCCUCCAGGAAAUCCUCUCCUCGAUAUCCCAUCCCACUAUCUCAGGCAGCUAUCAAGAAUCCAAAUCCAAAUUCAGCCCUGGUACUUCCAUCACGAUGGAUCUAUAUAAUAUAUUCAAAAAACAGGGAUAUAUUAUGUGGUACGACCAGCGUCGAAAUACCUUCCUGGUAGCUCUAAAAGCGUACGCGCCUCCGAUUGUCCAAUUCGAUGCUUGGUUUCAUGCGGUGUGGGCUGUGACUGCGAUGGCUACUGCGACUGAGACGGCUACGGGUACGGGUAGGAAAUCGAUGAUGAAGAUGAACAGUGUAGAAGUAAGGAAUUGGAUGGAAGAAUCCCUGGGUGCGGCGUGCGCGUAUAGAGAUCGAGUGGAUAUGUAUAGCUUGCUGAGGAGUAAGGGCUGGGAUCUCGAUACGCCGGCCAUCGAAGUGUGGGCUGGGUCUAGACUUGCUAUUCCUUGGGGGAAAGGGAGUGAAGAGGAAGGGAAUGAGGAAGAGGAAAUGGAAAGGAAAUGA